AUUAUAACAAGAACUUCAGAGUACUAGGACGUUUAAUUUGUAAAACCUCUUGCAACCUAAUUAACCCCAUCAUUUUUCACUGAUCGUGAAGAUGUUGAUCACCCUAAUUCUUUCCUUUUGCCUCAUUUUCGGUUUCAAUGUCGAAAUAGUUUCGACAACUCCAUUGCAGUAUGACUCAAUUUUCAACUUUGGUGACUCUCUUAGUGACACUGGAAAUUUCCUUCUUUCCGGUGCCAUGGCAUUUCCUGUGAUUGCAAAGCUCCCAUAUGGUGAAACCUUCUUUCGACACGCAACCGGCCGGUGCUCCGAUGGACGUCUAGUUGUUGACUUCAUCUCUGAGGCAUCUGGGUUGCCACACUUGCCACCCUAUCUAGCACUUGGCAAAGAUCAGCUGCAUUCCUUUCAUGGAGUAAAUUUCGCUGUUGCUGGAGCUACUGCUCUUGAUGCUAAAUUCUUUUACGACCAACGUAUUGGAAAAAUUAUGUGGACAAACGAUUCAUUGAGUGUUCAGCUUGGAUGGUUCAAACAGUUGAAGUCCUCUCUUUGUACCAGCAAACAAGAAUGUGAUAAUUACUUCAAAAAAUCGUUAUUUCUUGUGGGAGAGAUUGGAGGAAACGACUAUAAUUAUGCCUACUUUGCUGGUGGAAGCAUUAAACAAUUGAGAGCUUCUGUGCCUCUUGUUGUUGAAGCAAUUGCUAAGGCUACCAGUUUUUUGAUAGAAGAAGGGGCUGUGGAAUUGUUGGUGCCGGGGAAUUUGCCGAUUGGAUGCUCGGCAGUGUAUCUGACCUUGUUCGGAAGUCCUAACAGAACAGACUAUGAUCGGAAUGGGUGUUUGAAAGCUUACAAUGCUUUCUCCAAGUACCAUAACAAUCAACUCAAAACAGCCCUGCAGAUGCUGAGACAAAAAUACCCACAUGCUAGGAUCAUAUAUGCUGACUACUAUGGUGCAGCCAAGCGUUUCUACCACGCGCCACAACAUCAUGGAUUUACAGGUGGAACUCUGACGGCUUGUUGUGGAGGGGGUGGGCCAUACAAUUUCAAUAACUCGGCAAGGUGCGGGCACAUAGGCUCAAGAACAUGUAGCAAUCCUUCCAGCCACGCAAAUUGGGAUGGAAUUCACUUGACAGAAGCUGCUUACAGGUACAUUGCCAUGGGUUUGGUCAGCGGCUCUUUCACUACACCACCUCUGUGAAUCUCUCUUAAAUAAACCCUUAUCGUGACUGAAAUCAUGGCUGUCUACCUUGUCGAGUGAUUUAUUAGCUAGUGAAGCCUGUUGUUUCGGUUUGUUGAACCUUGCUGCUUUCUCAUCUGUACUGGUAUCUUUCGAUGGAAAGCAUUUUUAAUCCAACAA